AUGGCUUCCAGUGCUAGUCCUGUCGUUGUGAAAGCUGGCUAUUCGUUUUUCGGGCCUGACUUGAACCGGCAAGAAGCAGAAAUACCUUCCGAACUCUUCACACAUCUUUAUGCUGGCUUUGCCGUGGUCGACAAGGAUGGCCAGCUCAAUAUCCCUGAACCAUACUCGGAACUAUUCGGAGGCUUCUCUAAAACCGUUCAAGUACGAAACCCUAGGGUGAAAACUCUUUUAUCCAUCGGUGGUGAAGGCGCUGACCUAUCUGCUGUGGUGGCAAAUAGAGACAGUCGUGCACAUCUCAUAACGGACUCCAUAGAUCUAGCCAAGAAGUUCGGUUUUGAUGGCCUGGACCUCUGCUGGCUGUACCCCUCCAAAGCCAACCAGAAGGAACCACUUGCCUCGCUCCUCAUUGAAUGGCGAUCUGCCCUGGACUUAGACUUCAAGAAGACAAAGAAGCCAGCUAAUAAUUUGCUUCUUACUGCGGCGGUGUUUCAUCACCCUGGCAUUCCUGGUACAGACGGUAAAAUUACUUUUGAUUAUCCCACUCAGGCUCUUUCUGACAACUUGGACUGGAUCAACGUACAGGCCAUUGACUUCUAUACUCCCUCCAACUCAAGCGAGAGGACUGGACCGGUUCAUGCAUGGAAGACUCGACCUAUGGAUAUGCAAAACAGGUGCGGAAUUAAGUCGGCUCGUCCAGCAACUAAUAAACUCACGCCCAUGGCCUACAGAGAUAUCCAGGAGGAACUCCGGCGGGGUACUUAUGAAACCGUGUAUGAUAAGGAGUAUUAUGCUGUUUACUCGCAUAAAAUUAAUGGGGAGGGAUGGAUUUGUUAUGAUGAUGGAUUGUGCAUCUUUGAAAAGGUUAGCAAGGCAAUUGACGAUAAAUUGGGCGGUUACUUUGCAUGGCGUGUGGGCGCCGACGACGUCAACUGGACUCUUUCUCGUUCAAAUUAG